CCGCAGUGCCCCGAGCUUCUCCCACACCGCCAUGGGGACCCCACGGAUGCACGGCAGGGUCCCCAAGCUUCCUCCAUCCCCCCUCGGUGCACCACUUCCCACGGCUGUGUGGUGCUGCACUGGGGCAGGAUGGAACCACCCCCGCGCCGGCAACCCCUGGCUUCCUGCGCACCGGGGCCGGACGUGCGGCACGCAGCGGCACGGGGCCACAUCCCGGCACCGAGCAGCACCCGACGCAAUGGGCAGGCGGUGAGGAUGGAGGUGCUGUGCCUGCUGCUGGCUGCUCUCUGCGCUGCUGCUGUGCCCAGACCAGCUCCAGUGGAGCCAACCCGAGUUGCCACCACGGUGCCGAGCAACACCUCGGCAGAGCCAGGUCCCUGGGGCACAGCCGUGCUGCGGCUGGCUGGUGGCAGCCACCCCUGUGAGGGCACAGUGCAAGUGCAGCAUGGUGGCCACUGGAUGCCCGUGUGCCGGUGGUCCUGGAAUGCCACCGCCUCUCGGGAGCUGUGCCACCACCUGCGCUGCGGGGAUGCUGAGAGCGACGCGGCGACGGCAAGCCCGGACAGUGCCACGGAUGUCGCCAAGGGAUGCCCAACCGCGGUGGCCAACUGCAGCAGGUGGGAGCCAGAGCUCUGCUGGCUGCAGCUGGCCACCGAGCCCAGGUGCUGCGCAGCGCGGCCGGCACGCGUCACCUGCACAGGUGCCAAGGUGCUGCGUCUGGCUGGCGGGCGCAGCCCCUGCGAGGGCCGGGUGGAGCUGCGGCAGGCGGGCAGCUGGGGGACGGUGUGUGACGACGGCUGGGACCUGGCUGAUGCCGCCGUGGUGUGCCGGCAGCUGGGCUGCGGCUGGGCGCUGAGCGCGCCGAGAGAGGCCGCCUUUGGCUGGGGGCAAGGCCCCGUGCUGCGGGACGAGGUGAACUGCAGCGGGCACGAGGAGCAGCUGGGGGAAUGCCCUGCUGCCCUGCAGCACGACUGCAGCCACAAAGAGGACGCCAGCGUCGUGUGCUCCGAGCACCACGAGUGGCGGCUGACCGGAGGCAAGGACGGCUGCGCGGGGCGCGUGGAGGUGCGUUACCGCGGGACGUGGAGCACGGUGUGUGACAGCACCUGGUACUGGCUGGAGGCCGCCGUUCUGUGCCGCACGCUGGGCUGCGGGGAGCCGCUGCGGCGUCCCUCCUUCCAGCACACGCUGCCCACCAAGAUGCUGUACGACUGCCCAGACUGGCGGCCCUCGCUGGCUUACUGCCGCUGGACUUACAACAAGUCGGCUCCCUGCCACGAGUCCCGCGCUGCCGGCGUCGUCUGCAAAGGCUCCCUGGGCUUGCAGACCUCGACUUCGGAGGCGACGGUGAUGCCGAGCGGUGGUGGCACAUCCCCGAGCUCCACAGGAGGCUCGGAGGCCGGGGUGGCCCUGUCCCCUCUGCACGUGCCCCUCUUCAUCUCGUGCGUGGUGCUGGCAGCCCUGCUCCUGCUCACGCUGCUGGCCUUCACCACUGCCCUGCUGCGCCUGAGGAAGAGGAGCGCCCUCACCCUGGGGACCCCCAUGCCGCUCCUGGUGACCCACAGCACCCAGGGUCACGACGUGCCCUCGGAGAUGUGCAACGACUACAGGGAGGUGCCCCCAGGCCUCCCCAAAGGACCAGACCCUGCACCCGCAACCCUUCCCACCGCCAAGGGCUCCGACUCCUCUGACUCUGACUACGAACACUAUGAUUUCAGCAGCAAGCCACCCGUGGCCCUCUCCACCUUCCACAACUCGCUGCGUCGACAGCCGGGCGAGCAGCUGCUGGUGCCCAGCCAGGAUGGGAUGGAGCCAUUUCCCACAGAGGUGCCAAGCAUGCCGUGUGCCCAGCCAUGGGGCAGGGCGAGGAGCUCAUCCUCUUCCUCCACUUCCUCCUCCCUGGAGCCCUACUGCAGUGAGAAUGUGGCCUCCACGCAUGCCUGGCCCUGCCCACAGCCCCCACCGUGUGGCACCCACCAGCACACAGCACCCACCACACCCCCAGCCGUGCCCUGUGAGCCCGUCCCAGUGCUCAACUCGCCGUGGGUACCGCCGCCCCCGGCGGGCUCAGACCACGCUGACAGCUCCAGCACCUCCUCGGGGGAGUGGUACGAGAACGUGCAGGGCGCUGAGACGCGUGGGGACCCGUCCCUAGGGGGACACGAGCAGGACCCCAGCUCCUUUGAAGGGAGCGACUACGACGACAUCCAGGGCUCUGGCUGUUGAGAGCGGGGACAGGCGGCGGGGAGGGGACUCUUACCCGUACCACAGCCCCGGGCCAUUAAAAGCUUUUAGCCCCAUCUGCCUGGUGAGCUCUCAUCUCUUCCUGAGCGUACCCAAGGGAUGCCGUUCCCAACACCCUGCCCACCUCCCUGCUCCGUCCCUGGGAUUUCUGGCUGCCACGCUCAGCCCAGCGUGGAACCCAGCGGGGUCCUGGGGAUGCUGAGCUCCCAUCGCCUCCGGGCUCUGAGCCACAGUGGAAAAUUUGCCCCCCGCCACA